AUGCCAAGAGAAAACCAACAACUGAAUCCACGCGCAGCCCAUUGGAAUUAUGACACCUAUAACAAUGUCUCCCAAGAAAAUAUGCACGAGACUAUCCUCGAUAGAAUAAUUGAUGGAAGAAUGAAUUCUAUGAGGGAAGAAGAAGGCUAUCGCGAAGCCAGAAGCUUGUUGUUAGAAAGAUAUGGGCAAGCCUAUAAAAUCGCCAGUGCCUUCAUAGACCGGAUAUCGAAUGGCCCACCGAUCAAAGCUGAAGAUGGUCUUGGUUUGCAACGAUUUUCCAUUCUACUGACCAGUUGUUCAAAUACCCUGAAAGAGAUUGGCUACCUUAACAAGCUCGAAAACCCUGACGGAAUGAGGAAGAUCAUUGACAGGCUUCCGUUUAGUCUGAAAGCAAAAUGGCGCGAAGUAGUCGACGGAAUAAUGCAAAGAGAACGCCGAGAUGCAACCGUAAAGGACAUUUCAGAUUUUAUCGAAGCCAGAGCGAGAGUAGCAAACCAUCCUAUUUUCGGGAAAAUAUCCAGUGACGGCAGACGGAACGAUUCUCCGAACCCAAGAAAGCAACCCUUCAGUGUUAAAAACUACGCAACGUUUGGCGAACAAAUCCCACCUACAACAUUUAACAAGAACGUGAAGUGUCCAUCCUGCAAUGAGGAUCAUUGGCUUUCACAAUGCGACACGUUCAAGAAGAUGAAAGUCGACGAUCGAUACAAUCCACCGUGCCUACAGAAUAACAAGCCAGUCGCAGAACAUCGCCUAAAGCUGCUGAAGAAAAGGUUAAAUCGAGAUCCAGUUGCGUUGGAAAAGUAUAAACAAUUUAUGAACGAUUUACUUCAGAAAGGUUAUGCAACACCUGUGCAAAACAACAACAUGGUCCUCUCGGUACUCAUUGGUAUUUACUCCAUCACCCACAAAAGCCUGACAAGAUUAGAGUCAUGUUCGAUUGCUCUGCAAGGUAUCGUGGAACUUCUUUGAACGACCAGCUGCUACAGGGGCCGGAUUUGACGAACUCACUCAUUGGUGUCCUAACUCGAUUCCGUGAAGAACCAGUUGCCUUCAUGUCUGAUGUAGAGUCGAUGUUUUACCAAGUCUGUGUCCGAUCUAGCGACUGCGAUGCGAUUCCUCUGGUGGCCAGAUUGGCGAUCUCGAUCGUACGCCAGAAGAAUUCCAGAUGAAUGUUCAUUUGUUUGGUGGGGCCUCGUCCCCAAGCUGUGUAAGCUUUGCCCUGAGAAAGGCCGCAGAAGAUUACCAGACAGAGUUCGACCCCAUCACUGCUGAAACAGUUCGAAGGAACUUCUACGUUGACGACUGCCUGAAAUCCCUCCAGUCCGAUGCAAAGGCUAUUCAACUGGCAAGUCAGCUACGGGAAAUGCUAGCAAAAGGUGGUUUCCGUUUAACCAAAUGGAUUUCUAACUCCAAGGAAGUCAUCAACGCCUUACCUGAAUCCGAGAGAGCCGUGUCAAUAAAGGAUUUGGACUUCGCGAAGCCUCAUCUUGAAAGAGCACUCGGAGUCCAGUGGAACAUCACAUCGGAUAAGUUUACAUUCAAGAUCUUGCUAAGGGUGAAGCCAGCAACAAGAAGAGGAAUACUUUCGUCAGUUCCAUCUACGAUCCAUUGGGAUUUGCUGCACCGUUCAUUCUUCGAGCCAAAUUGAUCCUGCAAGAUCUUUGCUGCAAGAAACUCUGUUGGGACGACGAAAUAUCUGCAGAAGACCAGCAACGAUGGCGAUCUUGGUUGGAAGAACUUCCAAAGCUUGAAAAGCUCACCAUCAACCGUUGCUUCAAACCAGUCGAUUUUGGGGAGAUUACAUCUAGUGAACUUCACCACUUCUCCGAUGCCUCGCAACAAGGAUACGGCGCAGGGACGUACCUAAGAAUUGUCGACAACUGUGACAAGAUUCAUUGCUCUUUGGUAAUGGGAAAGUCGAGACUCGCCCCUCUUAAAUCGGUAACAAUACCAAGAUUGGAAUUAUCGGCGGCAGUUGUGGCGAUUUGGUUAGACAAGAUGGUGCAAGAUGAAUUGGACAUCCCAGUUGACCGAACUGCAGAAAUGCCUUUAGGACAUAUCUAUAGACAUAGUUCGUGACUAGUAUGAACAUUGUUAAAAUCAAUCGAACCGUGCUACAGUAAAAAUCACUACCAAAGUUCAAGGGACUUUAUAUUCAACCGUAAUCAUAAUCGCUACAAUUGGUACAAGUGUAAACCAAAGUACGUAAGUUUAUAGUUAUUGUUGUUAUUAUUUAGGUUUGUUAUUGUUAUCAUGUGCAUGCGUAAAUUCUAUCUAUAGUUAUAAUAGUUCGUUAUUAAGUUAGUUCCUUUUUGCUGUCGCGUUUCAGUUCGAACCAACACACCAAUACCUCACCACCUCAACACUACCAUACUAAAGUGUGAAAGUACAGAGUGAAAGUACAGAGUGAAACUACCGUGAAUUAAAACUACAAAGCGUAUAUCUUCAUCUACAUUGUUUGUGAUUCAUUAUCUAACAAUUGAUUUACGGUCAACUCUUCAAGCUAGUAUAAUUCAAUCAUUUCGUGACAACAACAGUCUAUUCAUUGUUUGACGUGAACUAAAGCUUUGUCCUUUUCAUCUGUUGAGUUCGAAAAUUCAAUUGUAACAUUGGCUACCCCUGUAACUCGUCGAGAAUUUUUAAUUUGGCAACGUAAGAGUUACACCAACCAGUCCAAGUUUAUGUUAUGAUGUUUACCUUCAAAGUGGAUAGACCAAGUUCCAUCAGCUGUCACCUCUAUUCCUCAUUCAUCUUAACCAGGGCAGUUACCAAACUGAUAGAAAUGUAGUGUAUUCUUUGCAUUGCUGAAAUAAUUAGACCAUUGACUAGUAUGUUUCGCAUCGGUACGGUUUGUAGCAAGGCUGUGAUGACAAGUCUGCCAACAAGUUGUAAUGGCAUUGUUAAUGGCAGCUAAUAAAUUUUAAGAUUAUAGACGUUUUUAGACAAAAAAAAAUACGUUAUAAACAUCAUUAUGUUAUAAACAUCAUUAUCAGUCGUAAUUUGACAUUUAUAUUGCUUGAUUUUUUUGGGAAGUCUUCUAUAUAGUUCGUAGUGAUUGUAAGCUGCUUAACAUGUUACUUUUCUUUUAGGGAGAUUAUGAAUUAUCGUCAGAAAACUGGCAAUAA